CAAUGAAGGGUGAAAAUCAGACUGCUCGACCUCGCUCAGUUUCCUACAAAAACAAUUUGGCGCGUGUGGCAUUCUGUGGUGGAUUUUGAUGUAUAACACGGACACAUAGACUAUUACUGGCAGCCAUGGCGAGUGUAAACUUGUCAGAUUCUGACAGUGAAGAUGACAGACCGAUGUUGGGUGGUAAUCCAGGAAUGGGGUCAUUUGUCCAAUCAAAUAAGCAUAAAAUGGACGACAUGGGAGGGGUCCACAUGGAAGGACCGCCACUGAAAAAAACUAAAAAAGAUAAAGGCAGUAGCUACACAGAAAAAGCUAAAAGAAUGAUGGCAUUGAUGGGAUACCAAGCAGGAAAAGGUUUGGGUAAAAAUGAACAGGGCAGAACAGAAAUUGUCGAGGCAUCUAAACAGAAGGGUCGGAGAGGGUUGGGUCUCCAUCUUGCAGCUCUGGAGCCUGAUGAAGAUGCUGAUUGGGAUUUUGAGGCAGAGUCUAUAACUAUAGACGAAACUGCUGACUGGCUCCCACAUUGUGAUGAAGCAGUACCUGACAUUGAGACGCUGAGAGAUUGGAAAAUAAUUGGUCCUAAAAAACGAACCAUUGAUGAUGAAGCAAAGUUCUGUGACGAAGAUGUUCUGAGAGGUAUAUUGAAUAGCAAGUCUGUGUUUGACCAACUUGAACCAGAAGAAAUGAGGAGAGCAAGAACAAAGUCCAACCCUUAUGAAACCAUCAGAGGAGUGUUCUUCCAAAACCGGGCUGCCAUGAAAAUGGCUAAUAUGGAUGCUGUGCUGGAUUUCAUGUUUACAAAACCUGAGACAGUGGAAGGGAAAUCUCUCAUCAACCCUGGAGAGCUGCUGUACUUUUCAGACAUUUGUGCGGGACCUGGAGGGUUCAGUGAGUACAUUCUAUGGAGAACUAAAGGGGACGCUAAAGGCUUCGGAAUGACACUUAAGGGCGCAUGUGACUUCAAGUUAGAAGAGUUCUUUGCUGGUCCUGCUGAGAUGUUUGAACCCCACUAUGGAGUGGGAGGCAUGGGAGGAGACGGCGAUAUUUUUAACCCAAAUAAUCAGGCAGAAUUCAUCAAAUUUGUACAUGAAAGCACAGAUGGACUAGGUGUCCAUUUUGUCAUGGCAGAUGGGGGGUUUUCAGUGGAAGGACAAGAAAAUAUCCAGGAAAUUCUCUCAAAGCAGUUGUACUUAUGUCAGUUUUUGGUGGCAAUAUCCAUUAUCAGAACAGGUGGUCACUUUGUGUGUAAACUGUUUGACCUUUUCACACCAUUCAGUAUGGGUCUGGUGUAUUUGAUGUAUCGUAUUUUUGACCGUGUGUCCAUCUUCAAACCUGUCACCAGCAGACCGGCCAACUCAGAAAGGUACAUUGUGUGUCGGAACCUGAGAGAGGACAGAGAGGCUGUUAGACAGUACAUGCAUGAGAUCAACUUGGACCUGAACAACUUCAUGUCGACCACAUCGGUGAAGGAUGUCACUGAUAUUGUGCCAGACUCGUUACUGGAGGGAGACGCAGAGUUUUUCCAGUACAUGUAUGAAUCUAAUGUGCUACUUGGUAGGCUGCAGAUCACAAGCCUCAAGAAGAUACAGACAUUUACACAGAACAGUGAUUUGUAUGAAGGGCGUCAGUCAAAAAUUCGUCAACAGUGUUUGGAGCGCUGGCAGGUACCGGAUGAAGUGAGAUCAGCUCCUAGUAAAGAGGACCCAUUCAGAAAAUUUCAGGAAAUCACACAGGAUGAAGAUGAUGAUUUCUUUGGACAUUCUGUCAACCAUUUAACACACGAGAAUCUGGCAGCGAUAAAGACUCCCUAUGACUACAGAUGUUAUGUUGUUGGAGGACUGGAGAGGAAGCGAUGGUACAUACUGGGGCUAGGGCGGUCACAUGUGUUUAAAUGGGAUGGGAACCCCAAAACAAAAUGGAGGAAGAUGGAAGAAAAUAUGAGAAUUGAGCUGCCUUACAAGACUCUCAUUGAAGUGGAGUUUGUUCAGGAGUUAAAAGGGGAGGGUAUGGGACAGAAGAGGCUGAUGACACUGCAUGCCCUAGAUGCUAUGUUUCUAUAUGGGAAGAAUGUCAGGAAUUUACACUUUAAUGAGCGAAUGGAAAAGCUAAAGAAAUUUGUGAAGUCUAUCAACAAACCAACAAGAUCAGAUCUGGUCCAGAUCGUGGUGCCAAAUAUCUUCAGACUGGAACACAUUGAACAGAUAUUUGAAAGGUUGGCAAUGAAGAAGGUGAAGGGAUCAAGUCAGCCCAGACUAUGUUAUUCUCCCCCAGACCGACCAGAUGGCAGAAGCUUUCUACCAACUGGUGUCUGCUUUGUCAAAACUUGUAAAGAUCCAUGGACUAUUGCACUGAGUAGAUCUCAGGGCAGGAAAUAUUUUUAUAACCUCCUCACUAAAGAAUCAAAGUUUGAAAUUCCGAGAGAAAGCAUAGCCUCAGUAAGGGACACCAAGCUGAACACGUGGUGGUGGGUUUGGGAGGAAGGCGUGAAGAUCCACGACAGUCAGACGUUCCAUCCACACCCAGCUAAAGUAUCAAGGGACGAUUUGGUCAGUGUCAUUCAGGGACUGUUGGAGAAACUCACUGGUCAACGGUGAUCCACUGGACAGUGCUCAUGACUGAUCAGCGGUAAAACAUUCAAAGGGCAGUGGUGACAACUGACUUGUCUAUCUUAUCAGUCAUUCACUGGUCAACAACAGCUGACAGUUAGCGGAAACUGUGGUGGCAAUCGGAUGAUCAGCGAUACAAUUAACGAGACAGUGCUGGCAAUCGGAUGGUCAGCGAUACAAUUAACUAGACAGUGCUGAUAAGAAAGUGGAGAUAACUCCCAUUCUGACAAUAAAUACUCAUAUCGACACAAACAGCAAUCGGUAACUAUCAUAAUGUCAUAGGAAACAUCAAUGGAUCCAGGCCGUGUAAUCGGGAUUCAGGUGGGAUAUCUUGUGUCGUGACGUGCCAUUUAAUACUUGUAGCAAGCUUGUCUUGAAAAUGCGAAUGAACCAAAACGUUGUAUUUGUGUUUAAAUAGACUUUUUCGUGUGAUAAACGUACUGUUCUCCGAAUAUUUCUAAUGCGCCCGAUAAACUACGGACAUGGUAAGAUGACCCAUAUAGUCUGCAGAUCCACACGUGGUAGGACAAUAUUCCAUAAGAAUUUGUUAACUGAUAUCUUUGUAGUUGUGCAGCUACAAAAGUUGUUUGUAGAAAUCCCAUUAGUUGUUCGUAUUUGUCAGUUGUGUGUUUACGGACGUUGUUAAGUUAUAAUCUCGUACAAUAUACACAUUUAGUUGAGUAUAUACGGAUGUUUUAGAAGAGAGGAAUGAGAUUGGCGGGUGUGUGUUUAUGCAAGGAGUUUUAUAAAUUACGGAUGUUUGAGAAGGUGUACGUUAGCAACAUUAUCAACAAGUGACAUAUGAUAUUUGAUGAUUUACUCAGCGUUUUAACAAUAAAUGCAAUUCAAACCCUAA